AGGGUUCAUGUGAGCUCUUCAUCAUCAUCCCAUCCUGCAAAAUGCGCGAGUCUGCCACGUGAGGGAGGCGCAAAAUGACCCAUUUCCCCCGUUUCUCUCUCCUCCUCGGUGUGAAACAUGAGACCUGGUCCAUUGCAGCCAAAGCCUGUCCCCUGGGCUCCCGGUUCCUCCAGCGCCAGCGCUGCUCCGCAUUACCAGCUUCAUUUGGCUUUUGUCCGUUUUGACACUUUGACAGGAAACUUUUGAUUUCAUCUGCCUUCACCAACCAUUUGUAGCCAUUCUCCCCUCGACACGCGGGGUUGGACUUGUUUUCUGCAAAUGCUGCUUUUAAAACUUUUUUUUUUCUUCUUUUUCCUCUGCUAACUGCACGUGGAUUUUGAACAAUCCGGAACUUUUAUUUGUGUAAUCAUUCCAGUUGAGAGAAGGCAUCUCCUCUGCGGGGUGGGGGGGUGGGGGGGGGGGGGGGGCUCACUGGUCGGGAUGCGGCUGCUUGUAAACUGAGCUCACAAUCAACGAGACGUGGACGCGUCGCCUUCACUCUUUCUUUUGUCUUUACAUCUCUUUAAUUACAUAACUGUCUCUGGGAUGUAAGAAGACACUCAAAUUGGCUUUUUUCCCCCCUUCUUUUUAUCCACAAAGGAAUUAACCUUUCCCCCCACCCCCCACCCCCGAGGAAAAAGUAUGGCGAAACUCAAGUUGAACAUGCGUUUUGUUUUGCUUUUAUUGGGAUUAUUUUUGCUCUCUCCUCCAUCCGCAAGAGCCGAGCCGGAGCAGCAGGACGAAGAGGAGGAGGAGAGUUCAUGUCAGGGCGCUUUUGACCUGUAUUUUGUGCUUGAUAAGUCUGGCAGUGUGAAGAAUCACUGGGAGGAAAUCUACUACUUUGUGGAGAAUUUAGCUGAGAAAUUCAAAAGUCCCAUGCUGAGGAUGUCCUUCAUAACGUUCUCCUCCAGAGCAUCCACCAUCAUGAAACUGACGGAAAACAGAGGGGACAUCAGAAAGGGGCUGAACGCUCUGAAAAAUGAGGUUCCUGGUGGAGACACGUUCAUGCACCUCGGCCUGCACAGGGCGAACGAGCAGAUCCACCAGGAGAACUACGGCCCGGCCAGCGUGAUUAUCGCGCUGACAGACGGAGAGUUGCAGGAACAUCAGCUCAUCACUGCGCAGCAAGAGGCGGAGAGAGCCCGGUCUCUUGGAGCCAUUGUGUACUGUGUCGGUGUCAAAGACUUCAAUGAGACACAGCUGGCCACUAUUGCAGACACCAUCGAGCACGUGUUUCCUGUGUUGGGCGGCUUCCACGCCCUCCGGGGAGUCAUUGAUUCGAUCAUCAAGAAGUCCUGCAUUGAGAUUUUGGCAGCUGAGCCCUCCAGCGUGUGUGCCGGAGAGUCUUUCCAAGUGGUGGUGAGAGGAAACGGCUUUCUCCACGCCAGGGACAUCAACCAGGUGCUCUGCAGCUUCAAGAUCAACGACACCGUCACAGUCAAUGAAAAGCCGGCUGACGUAGAAAACACAUUCCUACUGUGUCCAGCUCCUGUCAUCGAUGAAGUUGGGAAAGUGAUUUAUCUCCAAGUGAGCAUGAAUGACGGUCUGUCCUUCAUCAGCAGCAACGUGCACAUCACCACCACGGAGUGUUUUGACGGCACCAUUCUCCUAAUCACCCUGCUGGUGCUGUUCCUGCUGCUGGCCCUGCUCUUCAUGUGGUGGUUCUGGCCUCUCUGCUGCACUGUGGUGAUCAAAGAACCACCUCCUCCACCUCCUCCUGAGCCCGAGAGUUCAGAUGAUGAGGACGGCCUGCCCAAGAAGAAAUGGCCCACUGUGGAUGCCUCUUAUUACGGAGGAAGAGGAAUCGGAGGAAUCAAGAGGAUGGAGGUGCGUUGGGGAGGGAAGGGCUCGACCGAGGAGGGGGCCAAGUUGGAGAAGCCGAAGAACGCCGUGGUGAAAAUGCCGGAGCAGGAGUACGAGCCCUUCGAGCCCAAACCUAGGAAACAUCACAACAAGAAGGCGCCUCAGGACCGGAAGUGGUACACGCCCAUCCGGGGUAAACUGGAUGCUAUCUGGGCUCUGUUUCGCCGCGGGUACGACCAGGUCUCCCUGAUGAGACCCCAGCCCGGGGAUCAUGGUCGAUGCAUCAACUUCACGAGAGUGAAAGAAGAGUCAGCGGCAGCCAAGGCCGCACCUCGCACCCCGAUCCACACACCCUCGCCCCCGCCACCGGACUACCGCCCUGUGACCACCUCCCCGCCUCCAACCACCGCCAGCCCUCCUGCCAGAUCACCCCCUUCGGGCCAGGUGCCCCCAGGACCGCCACCAUCCCGCAUACCCCCGGGGCUUCACUGUGCACCGCCGUCGCGCCCUCCUCCCAGCCUCCGACCCUGAAUCACACAGACAAAAAAGAAAAAACUCCCCCCAGCCCCCUAAAUGCACCCGCUUUGAUGUCACAGACCUACCGCUCUGUUAAAGGUUGUGGUCCUCGCUGCUAUAAGCAGUAUUUUCAGUCCCAGUCGUACUUUGUUCCUCUUCUUGUAUGGGAGACUGUCAAGUCAAACUGUAUGUAGUCAUUUGAGUCCUUUCAAACAAAAAGACAUAAACUCGGGAGGAAUAAAUGUAGGAAUACCAGGGAAUCUGGUCAUUGUUCAUGUGGAUCCCCUCCCCACUUCCCAAAUUGAAAGAAAAAGCAGUUUGACUUGACACUGUCCCACUCAAAGGGUGAGCGAGUGGAUUCGGGCACAUAUAUUUUACUUAGUGUUGCCGUUUGUGAGAUCAGGGGGAUUGUUGCUGGACAGCAAAGCAAGUAAGCACAGGAAGUCCACAGAAGAAAACUGCAAUGGAUGAAAUUUCUUUGUUGUCUUCAUCAACUACUGAGUUAGGCCAUUGUUAGCCAAAAAGUAGGUUGUACAUGAAAAUCUGAGUACCCCGAUAAAACCUUGAAUGGAUUGAAGUAUUUCUCCAUUGCUGUGACGGCGAAUUUUGGGAAUUAGAUUUCACAGAAGUUUCAAUUGAUCGUGUUGUUAAAACGGUGUUGAGUAACCAGGAUUAAAAAAAUAUUAAAUUUGCGGGAAAAAAUUAAAUAUAUUAUCGUAAUUUUAACUUUAAUUCUUGUUCUCAGUGCCAAAGGGAUUUUUUUUCGUCACAUUCUUUACGAUGUUUUUUCUAUACAACAUAACAAAUUCCCACCCUUUCAUAAUAAGAAAUUAUACAGUUACAUGAUUUUGUGGACCAGUUUUUGUGACAGGGAAGUGUACAGAUGUUAUAUGGAAGGUAUGUUUUUACAAUAUGGAAUUGAGAUAUGUUUUGGAAAUAGUUUGGUUGAUAUCUUUGAGGCUUUGGAUUUUGUCCUUAACCACCUUUUCAUGUUUCAUUGAAUUUAGAAAACAGCAAUAUAUAUAUAUAUUUUUUUGUUGUUGUUGGUAUCCUCGUAAAUCGACUGCUGGACAACUACAAUGUGUAUUCUUUUUUGGUUCGCAUUUGGACUUUGAAAUCUAACAACCAGAAAUCCGGUUGAACUCUCUCCUCACACUUUUUCACACACAAUCCUGCAACUGUACUUUAAUACCAAUAUAUGUGUUUAUGUCUUCAGUUUUAUCAUCACCGGUCACAUUGCAACUGCAGGGCAGUUUAAAGAGCAUAUAAUUUAUUAUACUCCCCGAGAGAAAUAGAGGAGUACUUGAAUAUCGACAAGGUGUCCAACCACCAAGACGGACACUGUGCGCAGAAUUUAGAAACACAACAGCUAGCCAGUUAAAAGUCAUACAAGGCUUACCAGCUUUUUACAACCCCUCAGCUACACGGAGAAACAUUUCAAACUGAAUGUGACUCAUCACUGUUUAUUUGUUAAAAACAAAUGAAAAUGUCCAUGAAUCUUGGUGUGCAUUACGCACCACCUGGCUCCGCCACUGUGUACAUAACAUGUACACAGCGGCGCCUUUUGCUAGUAGACCAAAUUGUGGGGAGGAAAAUGGCUCCAAUAAAUGGAACUAUGACAUUUUGACUUCAAUGUGUAGAAAAGAGGUUUAAAAAUGCUGGUAAUCCUCCUCUAUCCACUUCCUUCUGGAAUUUCUUUCUUGUUUGUUUCAUUUUGAAGUACGUCUAUCAGUUAUAGCGUGUACCCCUUUACUACAUGCAUUCAUCGCUCUGUGCCUUAAAGCUGAGCUAAAAGUAGCUUCACAAUUGUUAAAAAUACAAAUACAGCUCAGUUAGAACACAUUUCAAUGUCAAACUGCAAAAUUUUGCAAUCAACAAAUUAAUUGGGAAGCAUUCAUUUCCAUAAACAAAUUAGACAUGGACAAGACAAUCCGGUUUUGCUAGCAAUUUAUAGCAUUACAUUGGACUACAUUUCCCAUUGUAGCUUUGGUAAAAAUAAUGUAUUUAAAUGCUUGGAAAGAAAUGCAAAGUAUUAUUACUUUGGACUCAGCUGUGGGGAUUUCCUCAUGUUAUCUCUGUUCUGAUCAGAACAUACAGAUAGUAGAUUUUUCACUUAUGAAUUCACAAAAUUGUGAAACUAAGGUUUUAAAAAACUAUUUGAGAUAUUUAGUUUUUUUAUAAGAGAAUGGUAAUUCCGUUCACCUCUGUAAGAACUUCAGUGUGAAUGCUGCACUGAUGCGAAAUCAGUGUUUGAAGGGGAACCUGUUCAGUGGCUAUGAGAGCUCAAUGUCAUUCCUAAUCAAGAUGAGAUACAUUAUGUUAAUCUGUGUUUUUCACACGUAUAAACAGCAGUACUGACGCAAAUAUGAAAGACGUAUAUCAUUUUCUCUUGGUUGAAAUUAUUAUUAAAAAAAAAACAGUAUCAAUAAAGGUUGACUUCCAAGCUUCU